CUUUGAAAUUAAAUCCUUUCCUCUUGUUACUAAGCUUUCAAAGUAGAUUUUCUUUGUGUCGUAGUUUUUAUACGUGUUUGCAGAAACGCUAGUUAUUGGGACCAAAACUAACACCAAAAUGUGUGAAGCGGCCCCUUCUACGUCCACACAAGACGAUGUCUCGCCAGAACUCAUCAAAGAAUUACUGGAAGAGUUUGCCAAGGAACUAAAGUCUGAAGAAACCUCGAAAGCCAGAGUUCAAGCCACCCAAAGAAAAUUGAAAAAUUUGAAGUACAAGUAUAGGCCGCUGAGGGAUGAGUAUUACCGAGUUCUAAGAAGAAUGGAGGACACUCAACGAAAGCCAUACAUUUUGUGUGAAAUUGGAAGCUUUCUUGGGAGCGAUAAAUCGCUAUGGGGGACACAGAACGUCAAACUUUUUGGAUUUUAUACUUAUGACUCUGAUUCAAGCAGUCAUUAUUUGUUAAGUUGUCACAGAGUUAGAACUGAUGUUGUAAAUAAGGCUAAAGUGUUGUUAGAUAUGUAUAAAGUAGAAAAGUUUCCAGUUGUUGACACUCAUGUUGAAGUUUUUGGCGACGUGAAAGUAUCACGGGGUGUGUAUACAGUGAUAGUGGAUUUUUUUCACGAAAUACGAGAAGACUAUGUCGCGGAAUACUCAGAACUGUUGAAAAAGCAAAUAGCAAUGUUCAAGUUUUAAUUUAAUAGUUUAGUUAGUUUUAUAAAGUUUGAUUAAAUGUCAAAGUUGAUGAAUAUGCAACCAACAAUACACGAGUGAUUCUUACCAAAUGUCAUUCAAACAAUAAAAAUAUCGCUGGUUCUUUUACAUAAAACAAGCCCUCUUGAGUUAUUUAUCGACGAUGGCGUUAUCACUCGAUAACUUAUAAAAUGAUUCACAAGUGAUACGAUGUACGUUUAUGUGACAGCAAUCGCCACUGCAUGUCUCGGACUCUCACUACUCUCUUCAACAUGCCUCUCCUUCCUCCUUUUCGCACUACUCACCUCCGCGGUCGUAGUGAUGAGUAUAGGCAUCGUGGUGUGGAUCCACAUCAAGCUGUCUUCGCGUCACUUGGCCACCGUGGGGGCCGAACAAACCUUGAAAGACAUCGAGAACUUCAGAGUCACCCUAAUGCGCGACUACGACGCCAACGCCAACACAAAGACGCCCCAAGCCCACUUCACGCAAGUUUUCGGCCGCACGGUCGAUAGUUUGCUGCAGCAGUUGCUGGAUUUCAUCGUGAGGGACUACUUUCUGGUGUACUUGCGGGAGUACGCGUAUAACUGGGAGGCGCUGGGGGAGAACAUCCGGGAGGACUUAUGGGGGGCUAUUGAAAUCCUGCACGAGCGGCUGGCUCGCGUGGACCACGCCAAACUCAUCGCGUGCGAUAUCGUGUCGAAAGUCACCAGCCAUUUUGAGAAAAUCCGGGAAGCUAAGGCUUGUGUAGCUGACUCUGACCAUCCACCCAUGUUUGCGCUUUCGCCGCACGUCAUGUCAUCCGAUAAAGAAAUGAAGUACAUCAGGUCUGCUAGUGAAUUAUUCAUCAUGUUUCUUUUGCCGCGCAGUUAUUCGCUCUCGCCUUCCAAGUAUUUCCUACGAGAGAUUUUAGCUUGUAAAGUGUUUAAGCCAUUCAUCGACACCGUCACCGACCCCGACUUCUUCAACCUCCAUAUAAUCUACUACAUCGAAGCGCAAAAAAUCGCCGCCAACGUGCACGUCAAAGCUUUCGAGUACGCGAAGAGCUUCGAAGACAUCCUGAAAAUAAUAGCGAAAACCGACGACAUCGACGCCCUCAAAUCCAUCAGAUACAGUUUGGUGACGAAGUUGAUGCAGGCCACGACGCUCCAGAACUUGAACCGCUCCAAAGGCGUAGAUUUGGAUAACGAAAAGAGCGUCCUGGCGUCCGCCGGAGUGAACAAAUCGGACAUCAACGCGGCAAAAAAACUCCGGAAGUAUAUAAAUCAGUUGACCGUGGCGAAGAAGGAGUGCGAGAAGCGGUUGGCCAGUCUCGGGUGGGAGCUGGGGUAUCAGUUCGCCGACGAUUUCAAGAAGACGUUGCCGAUUGCGUCGAUUUUGGAGCACGUGCUGGGGCGGAAGUACUUGUCGCAGUUUCUGGAUACGUUGGCCAGCCAGGACUUGGUGAGGUACUGGACGGCGGUGGAGGAGUUGCGCACGGCUGUGAGAAAAAACUGGCACCAGUUGGGGGCGGAAAUUUUUUAUACUUUUAUAAGAAACCCGACGUCGGAGAUUAAAGUGGAUAAGAGCACGCGGAAGAGAAUGGAAGCUUUUUUGCUAGGUGACAAGGGACCAGAAGUAUUCUACGAAGUACAGUCUCAGGUUGUACAAACCCUAGAAGAUAAGUAUUAUCAGCCGUUUUUAAUCAGCGACUACUACAAGGAGAUGGUGGCCGCUAUGGAGAAAGAAGACGACAUAUCCGACAUCGACCGGUCGCUGGAGGAGCGCCAAUUAUCCGGAGACUCCUUCUCGAGCGUCGACAGUACAAAUUUAAACGUAGGCGACCACUCCAACUACGCCAAACAAAAGCUGGACCAGCUGGAGGAGCGACUCAACAAUAAAACACAAGCGCUUCAAGCCCUCAGGACUUCACUACGUCCCGAAUCCAAAGUCCUGAGUAAGUUGGAAAAGGAGGUCGAGUGGCUACAGGGAGAGCGCCGCCAGCUCGAAGCCCACUUAACGCGCACCGAGGUCUGGGGCGAGAACUUGGGUAAGUGGCGCACCGUGGUCCAGUCGGCGGAAGUCCCCGACGAGCGCGAACCUCUUCAGUUCGUGCUCGUGGUACAAAUGGCCGAGGACCAAAUCGACGGCGAAGAAAGCAUCAGCACCGGAUGGGUCGUCUGUCGUAGCUUGACCCAAUUCCAGGAGCUCCACCGCAAGCUCCGCCCCUUGUGCUCCGAAAUCCGCGCCCUCGAACUCCCGUCCAACACCUUCAAGUUCCUGUUCGGCAAAAGCGACAGGGCGUCACUCGAAAAAGCGAAACAACAAAUCCAGAAGUACUUAGACUUUAUCUUGACCGACGACAGGCUCAAUCAAAGCGAGGCGGUGUAUUCGUUCCUCAGCCCUAGCUCCGACCACUUGAAGCAUUCCACGCCCAGUCCGAAGAAGUCGCGCUUUUCGUUCUCCACCUUAUUCAAAAGCGGCAGCGAGCAAAGCAAAGACAGCAUGUCAAUUAAAGAAAGCGAAGAAGAAGACAUAUCGCAGUGCUUGGACGCCCCCGUUUCGGCCGACACGGUGGACUUCGUCAAGAUCAACGGGCACCAUGGGAAGUUCCACGACGAGAAGGACACGAUCGCCGAGCCGCUGUACGGCCUCCUGGGCGAGCUUUUCGACAUGAGGGGCGUGUUCAAGUACCUCCGGAAGACGCUGAUUGGGUUCGUCCAGGUGACGUACGGGCGGAACAUCAAUCGGCAAAUCCACGAGACCAUUUCGUGGUGGUUCUCCGAGCAGAUGCUGCAUUAUUACAUAACGCUGAUUUUGAAGAAUUUCUGGCCGGGGGGGACGUUGGCGAGUCCCGGAGCGACGCGAACGGUCGACGAGAAGAUCCGAACGAUGAGACAAGCGCAGGUUUUGUUCGUGAGCAACGUACCAGAGUUGGUGACGACGCUGGUGGGGGCGACCGCCGCCAAAAACGGCGCGAAGAAGGUCUUCGAUGCAUUCCAGGAGAAGAAUAUGAAUAAGCAGUUGCUUUACGAAAUUUUUGAGGUUGUAAUGGACGCCGCGUUUCCGGAGAUCAGUUAACGCAACACACAUCAUUUCUAAUAGAGGUACAUAUUUUUAGAUUGAUUUAUGGGGUUUUCGUCGUAAUCAUAAACCAAAAACAAAAGACUUACUGAUCUAUGGCUGUCUUUUUCUAUCAAGGUAAGUCAUCUCUUAAGGCACUAGAUAAUGUAAAUAAAUGUGACGAGGUGUACAUUGUCAUGUACGACUUAGUAGUUAGACGCAAACUUGUAUUUCUUUGUGAUAAGCUUUCGUUGUCCUAUCUGUAACCAUCAGAGUAGGCCAGUGUUGAUUUUAGUGAUUUUAAACGCGUGUGGAGCACGGCGCGCUCGCUCCGCGAGCCGCCGCCGACCACCCGCACGCGACCCACAUCUUCAAUUUUUUACAGACUGUACUACAGCAGUAUUAAUUUAUUCCCACUUCAUACUUGUUAUUUUUUUACCAAAGAACUAAUUUAUUUUCUGUAUAAAUUAUAUUUAACUUGUCUUAACAUGUAUUUACGUGUAAAUAUAUACAAAAAAAAUCA